CCUAUGACACGAGAUAUCUGUUUAUCAAAGGUUUCGGUUUCUAGAGAUUCUUUUCAUCCACUUGAAGAGGUAAAAGUUUGCAAAAGAUUACAUGACAGCAAAUUAACUUCAGCUGAAAUGGCUAAGACUGUUGUUGAGGCUAAUAGCAGCUCGAUUUUGAUAUUUCCUUCCACUGUUCACUCUGAACCACAUGAUUAUAUCUCAUGGGCUGAAUUCCAAUAUUUUGUUGAUAAAUAUGGAAAUAUAUUUUUCGAGAUUUUCGAUGAUGAAAAUAUCUUGCAUGACAUUUUAGCUUGUAACCCUGUGAAUGCUUUAAUCGGCAUGGAUAUGAAAAUAUAUGAGAACAAAAGAAUGCAUACUGCUGAGUAUACUAAUUUAGGGUCAGACUCUUCUUGGGAUGAUAUUCAUUUUGAUGAGGAUUAUUUUGAGGCUCGUCAUCGUUCCGAUAUUUUCAAAGAUUUUGGCCAAUGGGGGAUGCCUGUGGACAUCACCUUGAAUGAGAUUCAUCCCAUUUACUUUGCCAAAUGCUUAACAAAGUCUAUUGAUGUGGAGUAUACUCGAAAGAUCAAGAAUCCAUCGAAUGGCGUUUCUAUCAUAGGAUAUCUCAAACCUGUCACUAUCGAGGCCGAAGAGGUACUAUAUCUACGAAAAGUUGUGAAAGAUGAUCCAGACCCGAACUUAUCUGAUAUUAUUACAGAGAAGGAUCCAUCCAAGUUUAUAAGGGAGGAUAAAAAGUGUCCUUCGGUUUGGUAUAGAUUGAAGAUUCUGAAAUUAGAGGUGUUCUCUGUAUAUGGUGUUCAGUCAACAGUUAGCAUGGAAGAUUUUGAAGGGGCCGAGGCUGAUGUUCUUGUGCAUUCGGCUUUGAAAAUAGUCAAGAACUAUAAUGAAAGAGGGUCUAUGUGCAAUUUUGCUCUUGCAGCCUUCUGCAAAAAGAGGGGGUUAAGUGUUGAGGGAGCUAGUCUGAUCGGAGUAGAUAGUCUUGGUGUUGAUGUUAGGGUUUCUUACGGGGUAGAAGUCCAAACUCAUCGAUUUGCAUUCAAAGACCGGGCCAGGAAUGAGGCUGCGGCUGAGAGACAAAUUCGGCAACUAUUGUUAUCACCUGCUUGUAUGAAACUAUAUGCAGACGAGGUUUAAGCCACCUGUCAUCGACUCAUUUCACGAAAUUGUGUCCAAAACAAUAAAAUUUUGAUUGAAGAUGGUGCCUUUUAUUACUUUGCUCAGUUUUGUAGUGUUUAUUAGUAUCCAGUUUUGUAUGUAAACAGGAAAACAACUUUGCAAUUCUCAUUGGCAUCUCAUGUAAAUAAUUUGUUACA